AGUCGCGCGAUGAAGAAGCCAAAAUAAUUAACCAAGAAUCAAAGUCAAAAGGCCAAACAGCAGAAGGGAGCGGGACAGCGCAUACGCAGAACCCGUUUUCGGGUUGAAAUAUAAAAAUAAAAUUAAAAAAAAGCCAUAAAAAAGACUGAGCGAACGGAAGUGAGCAAUUGGUCGACAGCCAUGACGACGUCGCUGCACCAGAAGCGUCCCAGCUUCAGCAACUGGUUCAGCUCGUUGCGCCGCCAGCCGAAGAGCAAGAAGAGCGGCAGCUUUGGCAGCAAGCAGCAAUUGCAGCGCAGCUGCUUUGAUCUGAGCACCGCCAGCGUUGCCGGAGCCACAACGCCGCCAGCCGGUGGCGUUGGUCUGCCCGGCAGUCGCAGCAGCAGCACCUUUUACAUACCAGCGCUGACGACGACAUCUGAGGAGGAUCGGCGCCGGCUCUUGAGCAAUGCCACCAGCAGCGGCAACAGCAGCAGCACCACCACCAUCAGCAGCAACGUCUGUGCGCGCUGCUUCUGCAAUCUGGGCAGCUUGGCAGGCAAAAAGGAUUCGCCGAAAGUACAGGUGAAACCGUUGCCAUCAACACCGACGCCAAGCUGCACGCCUCGCUCGCCCCGCUCGCCCUCACUUUCGCCGUUCACCAGCGUGGCCACCUACAAGGUGACCUCGCUGCGUGCCGAGAGUCCACCGCCGGCGAGUCCCACGCUGAGCACUGAGACGGUCACCUGCAGCGAUGUCAGCCGCAAGGUGGAGCUGCUGCGUCUGCCCAGCGAUGAGUCACAUACACAGCUCUACAACAGGCGCUCGGAGCUGACCCACACAACCACUACAACAACAACGCGCACGCUGAUCGUCUCGCGACCCGUCGAGCUGUUGCUCAAUGAGCGGGGCGAGAUCAUCUCGAGGCGACCGCCGCAGGCACCACGCAAAUCGCGCUCCAACUCGCUGGGCUGCAUGCUAGACCCUGCCGAGGAUGGCAUCGAUAACGUGGCACUGCAGCUGGAACCGGAGCUUGUCGACGAGGAGACAGUCAACUCGGGGCUCAGCUCACCGCUGACACCUGAGGCAGGCGAUUUGCGCUUCAUUGAUGACAGCUCAAAUUCGCAGAGCGAAUCCGAGCGCAACUCGCUUAGCCACAACAACAACAGCAUCUCGGACAACAACAACAGCAGCAAACAGCUUAACAACAACAACAACAACAGCAACAAUAACAACAACAACCAACAGGCGAAUCUGUGCGACAGUUGCCGAACGCUCAUGGAGCGAAAUCGCAACAAUGCUGAACAGAGCAGUGUCGUCAUACUGAGGCGACCGCAGCAAAUCAAAGAUGAGCUGUGCGAGGUCGUUUCGGAAAUGGAAGCGCUUGAUGUGCCUGAAGACAAGCAUUCCAAUAAGGACAAACAGAUGUCAAUUGGACGCAAGAAGUUCAAUAUGGAUCCCAAGAAAGGUAUUGAGUAUCUCGUAGAGAAUCGACUGUUGCGUCACGAUCCGCAGGAUGUGGCGCAUUUCCUUUACAAAGGCGAGGGACUGAACAAAACGGCAAUAGGCGAUUACCUCGGCGAGAAAAACGAUUUCAAUGAGGAUGUGCUAAAGGCAUUUGUGGCACUGCACGAUUUCACCAAUCUGAUACUGGUUCAGGCUCUAAGGCAAUUCCUGUGGUCAUUUCGCUUACCCGGCGAGGCCCAAAAGAUUGACCGCAUGAUGGAGACAUUCGCCCAGCGCUACUGUCAACUGAAUCCGGAUAUAUUUACCAACACGGAUACCUGCUAUGUGCUCAGCUUUGCCAUUAUAAUGCUCAAUACAUCACUGCAUAAUCCAUCGGUCAAAGACAAACCCACCGUUGAGCAAUUCAUCUCGAUGAAUCGUGGCAUCAACAACGGCGGCGAUUUGCCUCGUGGUCUGCUUGAGUCGCUGUACGAGUCCAUACGCACAGAGCCCUUCAAGAUACCUCAAGACGAUGGCAACGAUCUAAUGCACACCUUUUUCAAUCCCGACAAGGAGGGCUGGCUGUGGAAGCAGGGCGGCAGAUACAAAUCGUGGAAGCGACGCUGGUUUAUACUGAACGACAAUUGCCUGUAUUAUUUCGAAUAUACCACAGAUAAGGAGCCGCGCGGCAUAAUACCGCUGGAGAAUAUUUCGGUGCGCGAGAUACAGGAUCGCAGCAAGCCGCAUUGCUUUGAGCUGUUUGCCACCGGCGGCGCCGAUAUCAUCAAGGCAUGCAAGACUGAUUCCGAGGGCAAGGUGGUGGAGGGCAAGCACACGGUGUAUCGAAUGUCUGCCGCAACGGAGGAGGAUCAACAGGAAUGGAUCAAGCGCCUGACGCAGUCCAUCAGCCAUAAUCCGUUCUAUGAUAUUCUGGUACAAAGGAAAAAGAAGGCGCUCAGCAAGAGUUAGUAUUAGAUCGGCGCUAGACGGGCCUGCCCCCGAUGGGCGUCACUCUUGUAUUGGAUCUCAGUGGAAUAUUGCUGCGUGCGUUCGCGUCUAUGUGUUUGUGUGUGGCUUUGCCUACAAUAAUCUCGCUCUUUGCGUAUAGUACGUGUGCGUCUUAGUGUGUGUGUGUGUGUGCUUGUGUAUGUAUAUGUAUGUGUGCUAUUAAACUCCAAAUGUUGUACUAUGCCCAACGUUUUGUAUAUAAGUAUCGUAUAUAUAUAUUUAAUUCAAUUUGUAGUCCGAUACGUUUGCCUUUGUUAUUUGAUCUAGACUCGAAAGAGACACACACAAGCCCAACUCGCACAAACACACACACUCUCAUUCACACACCCAUCUUUGUCUCUAUUGUUGUGAUAUAACUUAUUUACAUUAAGCAAAAUUUAAAAAAAAAAGGAAGCAAAUAUAAAAUGUUUAAUCGAAUGAAAUACAAUUUUCAAUUAGUGCAAAUUAUGUUAUAAUAAGUCUACGAAUAUGUCUUCAAAUUAGCAUUAGUAUCUGCGAGUUGCCCUCACAUACCACCCGUAUAAUUUACUAGCUUUAGUGCUAUGAAACAUAUCCCAGCCGCCUGCUAAAAAAUAAUUUUGCUUGGCAAUUAUUAUAAACUAUUAUCAAAAAGAAAAAAUCAAAGGCCUUUUAAAAACUUUAUUUCAAACAACGAAGAAAAAAUUUUAAAAAUUGUUGAAAAAAAACGGUGUAAAAGACUAGAAAAUUAACAUGGACAAUACAAACAUGCAUUUCACUUAUUGAAAUAUGCCAGCUAAUAGGUUAUAUCGAUAGAGUUUAAGCUCAGUUCCAAUGUGUCAUUAGGUAAUGCUGAACUACAAAUAGUGCAAGUAAACCAAAAAUAAUAAGAACAAGCCGGUGCCAAGAGGCCAACGACUGAGUAGAGUUUCGUUCUUUGUUGUAACAUAUUUCGAAAUGUUUUGUAUUGUAUUGUGUUUUGUUAAUUUGAUUAGUUAGAAACGAACCAACCACAAAGUGUUCCUGCCAAAAAUGAGAAGAUCAAACUUUUAAUUGUAAUCAAUUAAAGAUGCAACUGUUUAUAAAAUAA